GGGGCAGCCAAACAAAAAACGCGCAAACAAAGUAAUCUCUUGCAUAACGACACAAUAUAGGAAUGGCGGGCGGCGGCGACAACCGAGGAGGCACGGGCGCGCUGGAGCUCGGGCUCAUGAACGCCCUGCGCACGGGCAACAGAAACGUCGACCUCUUCGUGGUGGCGUUCCUCCCGACGCUCAUUGCGCUCGUCGCGACGUCGUCGGAGCGGCUGCGGGACGUGAUCCGCUCUGCGGCCGGCACCGGCUUGCGACGCAAGAAGCGCUUCGAGCGCAUCGUCCGCGUCGAGCGGCGCCCGACGCGCUGGGGCCGCGGCUCCAAGAUCGAGCCCGAGGCGAAGAACGAGGUGCUCCAGAAGGCGAUCGCCUGGCAUCUAGUCCGGUGCGGCGCGCUCGACGGCGCCGACGACGCGAAGCUCCGGUUGCUGGCGCGCGGCGCCUCCGAGAAGGGCGCGGGCAGGCACCGCUGGAACAAGUCCUUCGGGACGACGUCGGCGCUCCUCAGGCAGUACGACGUCGUGUCCGCCGUGCCCGAUGACGUGUGGGUGUCGGUACCGGGCGCCCCCGGCGACCUGAAGGUGAUGCGCGCCGUCGACGACGGCCAGGAGGACAAGGAGGAGGGCAAGGACAACUCGACGACGUCCAUCGAUUUCCGCCUGGCGUGCGACGAGCUCUCGCCCAUCGAGGCGUUCCUGGAGACGGCCUUCGACGCGUACGUCGAGCAGACGGCGAAGGAGGAGGCCGGCGGCCGGCACCUCUACGUCCGCGCGGGCGGCGGCGGCGGCGCCAAGGACGACGACUCGGACGACGGAUCCGGCGCGGCGACGUACAAGCGCUACCGCCUCGCGGCGUCGAAGACGUUCGACUCGCUCUUCUUCCCGGAGAAGGACGAGUUGCUGUCGCUCCUAGACGCGUUCCACGCCGGUGCCGGGCGAUUUGCCGUCAAGGGCUCGCCGAAGAAGCUCGGCGUGUUGCUGCACGGCCCGCCCGGCACGGGCAAGACGUCGCUGAUCAAGGCCCUGGCGGCGCGGUUGGACCGUUCUAUCGUCUCGAUCCCGCUGGGCCGCAUCAAGACGAACCAGGAGCUCUUCGACGCGGUCUUCGACAUGAAGUACGGCGUGGCCGACGCCGACGUGCCCGUUCGAUUAACUUUCAAGCAGACCGUGUUCGUGCUGGAAGACGUCGACGCGGCGUCGUCGGUCGUGCUUAAGCGGUCGGGUUCGACGCCCGAGCCGGUGCCUGCGCCGGCGCCAGCGCCCAUGGAGAAAGACGGCGACCCGAUCAAGGCUUUGCUCGAGUGCCUCUUCAAUGGCGACGACAAGGCAAUCUCCGGCCCCACGAUGGCGUUAACGGGCGCGUUAAAGCCGACCCGCGACCGGCUCGACUUGUCGGGAAUCCUCAACGUGCUCGAUGGUGUUGUGGAUACGCCGGACAGAAUCUUAAUUAUGACGACGAACCACCCGGAGCGGCUCGACCCGGCCCUCGUGCGGCCGGGCCGCGUCGACGUGCGGCUACGGCUCGGCUACGUACAACGCACCGAGGCCCGCCAGAUGGUUGAGCACUACGUGUUGCGGCGACAAAUGGACGCGCUCGAAAUGGGCGCCUUCUGGCAAGCCUGGGACUCCCGGGCGUCGCAGGACGUCACCCCCGCGGAGCUCGAGCAGACGUGCGCCGCGUGCGACAAUCUCGCCGAGGUCGUCGCCGCGCUCGCGGACGGCGACGGGCAAGCGUCGCGCUGGGCGCGCGAGAAGACUGUUGUCGUGGCUUAAGUUCGUACCCUGUCUAAUCUGUCUAGUACGCC